CCUCCCGGUUCCGGCGCGGUAGAGGCCCGAGGAGGGGAACAGUCUCGGCACCAUGUCUGUGUUGUCUGGCCCACGAGCUCAGCAUGGCCCUUGCCCGUCAGCGGUGCUGCUGUUACUCCUGCUCGGCCCCAGCUCGGUGCUCGCCAUCUCUUUUCAUCUCCCCGUGAACUCCCGCAAGUGCCUCCGCGAGGAGAUCCACAAGGACCUGCUGGUGACGGGCGCGUACGAGAUCACCGACCAGUCUGGGGGCGCUGGCGGCCUGCGCACCCACCUCAAGAUCACAGAUUCUGCUGGUCAUAUUCUGUACUCCAAAGAAGAUGCAACCAAGGGGAAAUUUGCCUUUACCACUGAAGAUUAUGACAUGUUUGAAGUGUGUUUUGAGAGCAAGGGAACAGGGCGGAUACCUGAUCAACUCGUGAUUCUAGACAUGAAGCAUGGAGUGGAGGCGAAAAACUACGAAGAGAUUGCCAAGGUUGAGAAGCUCAAACCUUUAGAAGUGGAGCUCCGACGUCUAGAAGACCUUUCCGAAUCCAUCGUUAAUGACUUUGCCUACAUGAAGAAACGAGAGGAGGAGAUGCGAGAUACCAAUGAGUCCACAAAUACUCGGGUCCUGUACUUCAGCAUCUUUUCAAUGUUCUGCCUCAUUGGACUAGCCACCUGGCAGGUCUUCUACCUGCGUCGCUUCUUCAAGGCCAAGAAGUUGAUUGAGUAAUAAGGCCCAGCCCCCUCCCACCUGUAUCUCAGCCAGCUGAACAUCGCUGGGACGAGCCUGGCCUCAGGCAGCCUACUGACCGCGCCAUCAAGGCACAUUGGAGCUUUCUUGCCAGAACUGGUCUCUUUUGGUGUGGGAGGACAUGGGUUACCACCUACACACGACAAGUCAGUGAGGGACUUCUUUUUAACUUGGUAGGAUUUGGACUGGUUUUGCAACAACAGGACUAUGAUUAGAGUCAUCUGUGACAAAAAAUAGGGGUUACCUAGCUAAUGCCAAAGCCAGCAUUUGUACUGGGUUUCCUCCUGUGCUGUGUUUGAACCAUGUUUUUUUCCUUUUCUUACUCGCUCACCAGUUUGAGCUUCCACUCUAGUUCCUUCACCAAGGUAUGUGUGACCAUGUUGAACUUGUUUCGUUCUGAUUAUCCUCUUUGGGUUUCUGUGUGAAGACACACUUAACUUUCUCUUGACUCUUAGCUGAGAUGUUUAGGUAGCUUCUGGUGAUAUUCUUUCAUUAUUUUAUGUCUCUUAAAAGGGUGAUUGAUGGGACACCCCAUAGAAGUGAGCUUUGAACUGUAGAUAAUUCUUAAAGAAAACUUCGUUUUAGAGAAUUAAAAUAUUUGUGCUAACUGCCUGAACCUUUUUCGUGUAUUUAUGUGUGUUUAGUCCUAUGCAGUUUUAUCAGGUGGAGAUUUGUGUGAUCACCACCGCAAGAUGCAGAACUGUCCAACUCUUCUAUCCCUUAUGCUACGACCCUUUUAUAACCACAGCCACCUCCUUUACCCCAGAGCCCCACCUUCUGGCAACCACUGAUCUGUUCUCCAUCUCAUUUCAAGAACGUUUUAUAAAUGGAAUCCUAUAUAUAGUAUGUAACCUUCCGAGAUUAGCUUUUUGAACUCAUCAUAAUUCCCUUGAAAUCCAUCCAGGUUGUUGCAUGUUAUCAAUAGCCUGCCCCCUUUGCUUGCUCGGUAGUAUUCCGUGGCAUGGGUGCGCCACAGUUUGCUUAGCCAUCCCUCCAUUGAAGGACACCGGGGUUGUCGGGUUUUGGCCAUUUCUAAUAAAGCUGCUGUGAACUUUCAUGCACAGGUUUUCAUGUGAACGUAAAUACUUGUUUCUCUGGGUAAGUGCCCAAAGGGCAGUAUGGUAAGCAUGUGUUUAUUUUUGUAAGAAGCCACCUAGUCCUUUUUCCAGAGUGACUGCCAUUUACCUUCCCACCAGCAGUGUGUGUCCAAACCAGGUUCUCUGAAUCUUCACCAGUAUUUGCUAUUGCCGUUAUUUUUAUUUUAGUCCUUCUAGUAGGCGUGUGUAGUAAUACCUCAUUAUGCUUUUGAUUUGCAUUAUCCAAUUGGCAAAUGAUGUCGAACAUCUUUUCAUGUGCUUAUUUGCCAUCUAUAUAUCUUCCUCAAUGAAAUAUCAAUUCAUAUCCUUUUUGCCCACUUUCUAAUUAGAUUGUUCUUUCUACAUUACGUUUUGAGAGUUCCUUAUAUAUCCUAGAUACAAAUCCUUUGUUAGAUAAGUGGUUGCUUGAAUUUCUUCUUUUUUUAGAUUUUUUUUUUUUUUAAUCUCUACACCCAAUGUGGGUGGGUCUCGAACUUAUAACCCUGAGAUCAAGAGUUGCAUGCUCUACUGAUGGAGUGUGGUUGCUUGAAUUUCUAACUUCUACCAAGGAAAAUAUAAGUAAAAUUUACCAACUCUUCUACAUGGCCAGUCACUGACUUAAUUCCUGUCCUUAUGUGUUCCAUCUAGCAAAUUAAGACAUAUGAGGUAUUUAAAAACACACAUACACACACACACACACACACACACACAUAUCUGGGAGGAUUAUGAACAGAGUAAAUGUUUGAAGAUGCAUGUUGUGAAAGUAAAGCCAAGAAUCGCUGUGGGAAUAUAAGGUGCCUAAGGGCCAAUACUAAGAAGUAAGUAAAGGUAUGGAUACAAAUGACCAUGAUUGUAAACAGUUAUGAAAAAUACUACCACUUGAAAAUGUCUCCACUCCACCCAGGAAAGUGGGUAGGAGUUGGUCCUUUCUGUGACCUCUUUUUUAACCCCUAGUGACUGUACAGGGCUUGUCUAAUCACAGUGGUACGAAUUCCAGGACUAGGGCAGAGCACUCGCAGUUAAGAAGCGGUGUGUCAGAAUUUACAGCGAACACUGCUGUGAUGACCAGCUUAAAGUACAAAAGUGGAAGAGGCAGUGAGUUAUGUUGUUGAAAUCUCAGGCUCUUCUAUUAAUGUUCCAGCUACUGUGAACCCCAGAGCCCUUUUUCCUCCUCACUUGGCCCCCUGUAACAAUUUCUCUAGUGUGGCAGAGUGGUUCUUUCAUUAAUUUGUGUGACAUUGCCAUCUGCUGGUAGGAAUUGAUAGGUACGGCUCUGAGAACUUGGCAGCCAAAUCCUCGCCAGAAGGACGGCAGGUGUUGAGUAUUACAUAUACUAGACAACAGAGGAUACGUCCAAGUAGGGAAGAGAAUAACCGAGUUUGUGGGUCAGAUCCAUUCUUUAACAUCUAAAGGUCAACUUCUGUUCUAUACCAUUAGCCCAGUAAAGUCUCCUAUUUUUGACUGGUGCCUUUCCCCUUUUUCAGAAGCAGUGAAAGUUCUUCAGUUGGUUAUAUCCUUUUGUUCUGAUAAAAUGGCAAAGAAAAAGAUAGGAGAGGAGAAUAUUUAUUUUGCCGAUGUUUUUGUUCCUGAAAGUGAUUUUGUGAAACUGGGAUUUUUUUUUUUCCAUGUCCUUCCCUUUUACUCAUGCCAAAAAUACCAACUUGGACCUUGUGCUUUAAAGUUUAAAGUUCAUUGAUAAUUACACUUUGAUUUGAUUGAAAGAGUAAAAAUUACUUAUAUUUUAUAAAAGACUAGUGCAAGAACAAAUCACCUUUAAAAAUGGGGAUGUUAUCGGCUUCCCUCCAUUUUGAGCCUAUUUAACACAGUCUAUAUUCUAGAUAGGAACAAUAUAGUUUAAGCAUUGUUAUACCAUUGUCAUAAACUUCUAUUGGAAGCCAUUUUUCUGUUUGUUUAACGGAAAGAGGUAUGUGGGAUUUCUACAGAUUUACUUGUAAGUGUUGGAUUGGGGACUUUUGUGUAACUUUUCUCAAAUAAACGCUAGCAGAAACCA